AUGAUCAAUCCCAUAAAGAUCGCAGCUCUAACCUACAUAUUCCUCACACGAGUGCGAGCAGAGGCCACAUACUUUGACUCUUCCUUUGAGCUAAACAAGUCCGGAUAUAUAUACAGCAUAGGCGCAGAAGGGUACGUUGGAUAUGACCCAAAAGACAAAGUCCAGGCCAAAAUUCUUGAAGACGCCAGAACCUCCAUGCGCUUUCGUACGUUCUUAAGUGGAGAGGUGGGAGAUGCAGGCUUUAUUUUCAUGCAGGACAAGGGGUUUGAAACGCCCGAGGGAGAAGAGAGGUUCCCCAGCCAAACAGAAAUGCAUGGGAAACUUGCACUUAAAAUAUGUAGAAACAAUUCCCCAGUAAGAGUUAUUCUAGACUCAUACGAUGGAUCAAACCAUUUCAACUUUUUUGUCACUCCGCCUGUUCUUCUCAAUGAGAAUGGCUUUCAUCUCAUGGUAGGGGAGGACUGCAUUAUGGUGGACAAAGAAACAAAGUUUCUUGUAGCCUCUGUCUGCCACGAAUCCACUUCCGCUGCGCGGAACUACCAGCUAUUCAGCUGGGUUGAUUCAAGUACAUUCAAUAGAGGGAUUGACCCCGUAACAUACAGACCCAACCCAAGUCUCUAUAACCCGAAUGAAGUAGAAGAUCACAAGAAGGAGAAAGAGUGCAAGAAGCACCGGAAGCAUAAGAUACAACAUUCCCACUUAAAGAACACCACUAAUCUUGCAUUUGAUAAGCCAUAUCGGCCUGCAGAUGGAAGAUCUCAACUGCCAACGUACUGCGACCACUAG